UUUUUGAACGUAUGUCUAUGCUGUAGAACAGGACGAAAUUACCCAAAUUAAAUUUCCAAAUGGAACAUUUCGUUUAUUGAUGGUUCUUGUGUUUCAAUACUCUUCACAGUUUUGCAAAGAACCGGCGGUGAGUGACAAGGAGAACUACCGGACCUUCGCCCGUACUGUCCCAACGACUGAGAAGGUAGCUGAAUCUGUGUUGGCACUUCUUGAUCAAUUUGAUUGGAAAGUCAUAAGCGUGGUGGCAGCUAGAGACCCUCAAUUCUCCCGGGUCAUGACCAGGCUUGAGAAGUUCUUGCCAUUACAUGGUGUCAAGGUGCAGCACGCCCUCUCGUACGAAAACCCGUACUAUCCGAUAUUCCCUAUCAAAGACAACCGCCUCAAAGAUAUCAUUGACCAAUCCUUCGCCGACACAAGAAUUUAUGUUUUUAUACCGGCUGAGCCCUACGAACUACACGCAUUCCUUGAGGACCUUGGUGAAAAGGGUCUUCUUAAUGAUGGAAAGUACUUUGUCGUCGCAAUCUUCUUCAAGAUCUUUGACGAAACAUAUCGAGAAGGAUUGAUAAGAGGUUUCGACUAUCCAGCUGAAAAUAUCACCCAGCGUAUCCAGUACUUACACAAUGUCAUAAUGCUCUUCUACACAAGCGUGAUGAGUCCAGACUACAAUGAGUUCAAGAUCGAGGCAAAGGCCUAUCUUUCCCAACCACCGUUUAAUUUCAACUCUACACUCCUUGAGGGGGAGGGAUUUCAUAUCGAGAUAACUGAGGAUGCAGCAUACAUUUACGAUGCAGUGAUGCUUUACGCCAACGCUCUCAAUCAAACACUCAGUGAGGGAGGGAAUAUAACCAAUGGAGCAGAUAUAAUUGACAACAUCCUAGGAAAACCAUAUCAAAGUAUCACUGGAGUAAAUCGAAUCAUUGAUAAAGAUGGUGACACUAUAGCUAACGUCAGUGUCUUCUCCAUUCAGAAGAGUAGCCAGUCUUCAAUCGGCUAUACUAUUGACCCGGUCGCAAUAUUCCAGGAGAAAAAUGGUACCACGGUGUAUGCAGCACAUAAAGGCAUCGACAUUCAAUGGAAGGGAGGUAGUCCACCCAUAGCCGAGCCUGUGUGUGGUUUUGACGGAACUGGAUGCAAACCAAACUAUACACUUCAUAUCAUAGGUGGCGUGCUUGCUGGAAUUAUACUGCUCGCUGCAAUCAUAGCAACCAUCGUUUACAGGAAUUGGCGGUAUGAACAGGCAUUGGCAAGCUUGCUGUGGAAAGUUGAUUAUAAUGAAUUGGAAUUCAAGAGUGUUUGCCGCGGUAGUCGGCUAAGUAUAGCAACCCAUGAUUCAAGGACAUCUAUGUACGCAGACCCACUAUCUGGGCGUGGCCAGGUGUUCACUAGAGUGGGGCGAUAUAACCACACCCUUGUCGCUAUUAAGCCUGUUCAUAAGAAGCAUAUUGAGAUGAGUCGAAUUCUAAGAAAGGAACUCAAAGAGAUGCGAGACCUGUGUCAUCCUAAUCUAUGUCAGUUCAUCGGAGCUUGCCCAGAUCCUCCUAAUAUCUGCAUCCUCACCGAGUACUGUACGCGUGGCAGCCUACAGGAUAUCUUGGAAAAUGACGACAUAAAAUUAGACGAAAUGUUUAUCGCAUCACUGGUUUCAGAUAUUGUGAAGGGAAUGCAGCAUCUACACAAUACUGAGAUCCGUACCCAUGGCAACCUUAAGUCUAGUAAUUGUGUUGUUGAUAGCAGAUGGGUUCUCAAAAUCACCGAUUUCGGGCUGAUCCACUUCAAAGUCGGAAGUCAACCGCCAGAUAUGGGAGAAUAUGCAUAUUACCAAGGUUUGCUCUGGAAGGCACCUGAAAUCUGGGAGCCAGAAGGAACACAGAAAGGUGAUGUGUACUCGUUCGGGAUCAUCUUAUAUGAGAUAGCCCAUAGACAAGGUCCUUUCGGGAACAUCGACAUGAACCCAAAAGAAAUCUACGAAAAGGUGAAAAGUAAGGAAGAGUCGAUUCCUUUUCGUCCUAACGUGAUGGAGAUAGAGAACUGUCCAGAAUGUCUUCUGACUACAAUGCAAGAAUGCUGGGCAGAUGAUCCAGAGACGAGACCAGAUUUCAAAAUGAUUGCAAAUAAACUCAAACCUCUUCAUAAAGGAAUGAAACCAGAUAUCUUAGAUAAUAUGGUAAUGAUUAUGGAGAAGUAUGCAAACAACCUGGAGGAGAUAGUUGAAGAUAGAACACAGCAGCUGGUAGAAGAAAAGAAGAAAACAGAAAAUCUAUUACACAGGAUGCUGCCUAAACCAGUAGCCAAUCAGCUGAAGCGUGGGAUGCAAGUCGUACCCGAGUCGUUUGACUGUGUGACUAUCUUCUUUAGUGAUAUCGUGGGCUUCACAAAACUAUCAUCGAUGAGUACGCCUUUUCAGGUGGUUGAUCUCCUCAAUGACCUCUACACUCUGUUCGAUGACAUCAUCAGUUACUACAAUGUUUACAAAGUCGAGACCAUUGGAGAUGCCUACAUGCUGGUAUCUGGACUACCUAUACGAAACGGUAAUCGACAUGCGGCAGAGAUCGGAUCAACGGCACUCCAUCUCAUCGAUGAGGUCCAGAAGUUCAAAAUCCGACAUCGCCCCGAUGACACGCUAAAACUGAGAGUUGGCAUUCAUUCUGGACCGGUAGUGACUGGUGUGGUCGGGUUAACGAUGCCUCGAUACUGUUUGUUUGGUGAUACUGUAAAUACAUCCUCAAGAAUGGAAUCAAAUGGAGAAGCCUUGAAAAUCCACUGCAGCGCCGAGUGCAAAGCUAUCUUAGAUGAGGUUGGAGGCUAUGUCUUGCCCGAAAGGGGAAUGGUAGCCAUGAAAGGAAAGGGUGAACUUCUUACAUACUGGCUCGUUGAUCAGGAUCCAUCAUACAAACGACAUAAGCCACGCAAGGAAGAUGUAGAGGAAGAUGAUGUCGAGGAUACGGAGAGCCUGAGUGAAAAGCAUAAGAUGAAGAAAAGUCCAGGGAAAAGCUACUUGCGGACGCCUCUAGGGUCAACCUAUAUGGCGCCCUCUACGUCGACCGCAAAUACGGGCAUGAAAUCUUCACGCAGUGUGCAGGAUAUCAGCAGCUCCAACGUGAGGGAGGAUGCCCAGUUGCGACGGGAGUCCGAUGUUGUUACGCGGAGACGCAACAGUGAUAUUUCAAGGACAGAACUACCUAGGAACGGCAAGAAUGGAUAUACUCUACUGCCCAUGGAUUGCGAUGAUUCGCUACCGUGCUCUAAAAGCGAAGAGGUAGAGAUUAGGACAACAGAUUUCGGGAAUGGCAGUGGGGAUUGUUCUAGUCAGGCGCGCAGUGUCUCUGCUUGUUCAUUAAAUAGAUGUGAAGCGCUUGGUGAAGAAGCAACCAUGAAUGGCGCUGUUGCGCAACGUUCAAGGAACAAUUCCCAAGGAAGCAAGACCAAGACCAAAAAGAAUAGCACAACGGAUUCCGGCAUCGGGAGCAAUGGGAAUAGUUCGCGAGAUUGCAACUUUCACAGUGAAAUUUUCCUUUGAGAUUCAGCGAUGUUCUUUCUAUCGCCUGUCAUGGUGCCUACGAUAUAACCCCGAUGAUGACUGGGAAUGAAUUAACCAAUGAACCUUAUAAAGUAAACGGGGGCACAGACUUCAUUAAAGACUGCGGAAAGGACAAAGACAAUCGCAGAUAAUGUUAAAACCCGUUUACUUUCAUGAAUAGAAAUGACUAUUAGCGCAUUCAUUUUCCCUGGAGAAAUGUUUGACCUUGGCUAUCAGAGUCACCCUAUUGUUAUACAGUACUAUGGAAACAAGUGGUGUCUAAAGAAUGAUUUUUGUUUGACCAUCCAUGUUGUGGUGGUUCUACCAUACAGCGAUAUGGACGCGUGUCAAAAAUUGUUUUCCCAUUAUUUAGUACUCCUCCAGAUUUUUCCGUUGUUGAUUUAGUGAUUCCUUUUAUUUUUUACUAUUUGAAAUGCAUAUUUUCGUGUAAAUGUUUGUCCAAUCAGCUGAAACUUCCGUUCACGUAAAAGAUGUAUAGGAUUGAACAUUUAAGAGAGUCUUUAUAUCAAAUUAUGAAUUAAGCAUGUAUAGACAAAAUUUGUAAUUCCUUGAAAGGUACAUACGUCACUUUCACGAAUUAAGGUAAUAGGGUGAUUAAUGAAAUGACCAUUUUUGAAUCGGAUAUAUAUAUAUAAAAUCAAGACAUGAUUGAUUUGGUUAACUCGGGGUUUGUCAAAACUAGUAGGUGAAUUUUUAUAGAAGUCUUUACUUUCACCAAAAUACAAGAUUAUAAAUUGUAUUAAAUUUAGUACUUACCAUGCUUACCUGGUUUUAGGAUGGUGGAAGUCAUGGCUUAACGAAUUAAAUUGCAUCAUAAAUUCGUCACAUUCCACCCGGAAAAAAAAGUGAAGGAAAAAGUCGAGUAGUAUUUAGUAUGACGAUGUUGUAAUUAUCCCAAGCAUGUUUGUGUCGCCAUGCAUCUCUUGACAUAAAAAACAGUAGACGUCUGUAAUGGCGAUAAGUUGCAGGGGUCUACUGAAUCUGUCCCCUCCUACCAAUUAUUAUGAAAGGCUAAAUACUUCUCAAAGGAGCCUAACUGGUCAUCAAAAUCCUUUACAUUAUUAGUCAUAAGAAAGUAUAGUUACAAUCACGUGUCUGGUGUGCCAUAUAUAUAUGUUUAUUGGCCGUUGGAUGAUAAUCACGUUUUUAUCAAUUAUUCUUUCCACAUCAGCUAAACAAACUUUACCUAAACAAUAUUCCAUAUAGAAGACUGAUAAUGCUACUGACCUGUGAUUUUUCGUAACUAGUUGAACCUUGCU